ACCAUCCAAAAAUCUACAGAAGAAUGACACCUAUCGCCUCACUAUCAGAAAGUGAUUGUGAAGAAAUUAGUUUGGUCUAUGACAGCUUGUAACAAAAACAUAGAUGCAUUCAUUGAAUGAUUCCAACGACCUUUGCGACCGGCAAAAUUGGAUAUUUGUGCCACCAAGUCACUUUCUACUCUUUUGUACCUGAUGAUUAUCCCAUUUUCUGUAUUUUGUUGUUAUGUGGGAAGUUGAGUGCUUGGGAUGCUGAGGAGUUGCAAAUGUUUGAUUUUGUUGAGGAAGUUAAGGAAAAUUUUUAUGACGUCCUCGGGAUAUCUCAGGAUGCUGACAAUGCUGAGAUAAAGCGUGCAUACCGAAAACUAUCAGCAAAGCUGCAUCCAGACAAAAAUCCUGAUGACCCUACUGCAGAAGCUAAGUUUCGAAGACUUGUGGGUAUUUAUGAAAUCCUCAAGAACUCAGAACUACGUAUAAAAUACGAUGAAGUGUUAAAAAAUGGUUUGCCUAGCUGGCGUACACCAGUUUUUUAUUAUAGGCAGCUACGAAGAAUGUCAAACUAUGAAUUGUUCGGGUUAUUUUUUGCGUUGGCUACUGUAAUCCACUAUGCCGUGCUUUGGGGUUCAGUUUUCGAAAGGCGGUUAACUUUGGAAGAUCAACUGAGUAGCUCUUUGAAAAGACAUAAAGCACGGGAUAGAAAGUUAGAAUUGAUAAACCAAGAGAUAUCAGAUGAACUUAAAAAAAUCCCUGGCCCUGGAUGGAAAGAUAUACUCCCGUUUGCUAUUGUCAAAUGGAUAUAUGCUAUUGUCACUUUCUUCCCUAUUCUGUUUUCGUUUAUAAAAGAAAUGUUAUUUCAAAAGAUCCAAGAGCGUCGUGAGUUAAAGGAAGAAAUGAGGAUUAUCCAGAAAAACAAAGAAAAACUUAAGGCUGAAAAACAGGAACGUAAGCGUCGUUUACUGCAAGAACAAACAGUUCUCAAAGAAGUUGAGAAAGAAGCCGGCCAAUCAACUAUAAACUCUGUUCUCACUGAUUUGCCAGAUAUUGAAACUGAUAGUUAUGAAGAUGUUUCAAAAAACAAUUCGAGUACACCUAUUUUUCAAGAGUGGUCAGAGGUCGAUGUAAACAACUUAGUUCGUGCUGUGAUUCGAUAUCCCGGCGGUGUACCUGGAAGAUGGGAACGUAUUGCAGAGUCUUUAGGUCGUAGUGUCCCUGAUGUUGUUCGUAAGGCGAAGUCUUUAAGCAAAGAACUAUUGUCUAUAUCUCAAAGAAAUAUUAAUACUGACGAAAUCCCUGUGUUUGAGAUCAACAUCAAUCCAGUUUGUGGUGAAACCGAUUCUGAACUAAGUGACAAUGAAUCUGACGACUCAGAAGAGAGAAAUGUAUCAAAGAAAAGACUUCGAAAACGUCAAUUGAAACGAAAAGAGAAAAAUGUGUCAAUCAUUCAAGAGGAUGACGAAACUAACGAGUAUCAGGAUCAAAUUGAUAAGAAUGAUGAUCCCACCUCUGAUGUUGUUAUCGAUGAACCUUAUAUGAGCCGUAAAAAACUUAAACAACAAAAAGAUGUAACUACUUCUAAGCCUGUAGAACGUAAACCUGUUAAAAGUGAUGAUGGAUGGACUAAAGUAGAACAACAACAGCUUGAAAUUGCUAUCCGCUCUAUUGGUAAGGGAACACCGGAACGAUGGGAUCGAAUCACGGAAUGUAUUCCUACAAGAACAAAGGCAGAGGUAAUGGCUCAUGUCAAAUAUCUUUCAACGCUUGUUCAACGUAAACAAUGAGAAACAUUUAUGCUUAUCGUUUGAAUUUCUUAUUAUCUAUCCUAUAUUGUGUAGACUGUGAUUCUCAUGUGUUAAAUAUGUGAUAAAAUGGUGUAUGUAUAGUGAAUUAAUAAUAUAUAUACUUGUAAAUUGUAAAUUACCACCACCGUAACAUUCCGAAAAGUUUAAAUUGUAUGUACGUACGUAGGUACACUAGUUGUUUUCAUAUGUAUUCUUCACAUCAAUGGAAGCUUAAAAUUGUCCACAUGUUUUUGGGUUUUUCAUAAUGAUGCUGAUAUAGAAUAAAUGCUUCUCUGAUCACAGACGCUACUACAAACUAGUUAUUCUUAUUUACUCUUGUGUGACCACCUGCAAAAGCUAAUAUUAUGAUUUUGCCUCCAACCACCUAAUAUCAUCAAAUCAAUGUUCACCGUGAUGGCGAGAAUGGCGGUCACAUUACAACCUGACUGAUAGAAUUCAGUCUACACCAAUCAGAGGACUAGACGCAUCACACUAGUUACUAGUGUCAAAUCAAAAUAUGAUUUUUUCUAUUAAGCGUGUACACAUAAUGACCGAUAUUUGCUGUCUUGAAGCAGUCGCAGGAAUUGCAUAUUUCAAUGACCUAAUAAACUGUCUAAGUUCAGGCAUCACCUACCCGGUUAAAAGAGACAACUGAAUAGUGGGUAAACUAAAAGUGCAACUCCAUCACUUGUUCAGUUGCUCA